CGACGCACCACCACCACCACCUCCUCCACCUCCACCUUCAACCGAACUGGCUGCUGCCCCUCGCCGAGCAAGCCGCCCGCCAUGGACUCCCCCGUCGUGGCCCAGCUCUUCCGGCAGCUGUUUCGCCAUCGGCCGCGGGGAUGUCAGGGCCUGCCGCCCCCAACUCUCGUCGUCCAUGGACGCUCGCCUCGCCGCAGCGCCUCCGUUUCGGCUGGCGCGCACCACUAUCUCCACACGAACGGACACUCCUGCUCCUCCCGCUCGUACGCGACGAGAGCUUCCCGCGACCGAGGCAUGAAGUCCAACGAGAGCCGCUGGCAGCAGCGCACACACAUCAUGCCCGAGGACAGGAGAGAAGAGUUCGCCGAGUACCCGUACAUGUCCAUCCAAGACCUCAAGCGGCGCACCGAGCGCCCGCGCAAGGUCAAGAUGCUGCUCCGCGACUUCAUCGACGACUCGCUGUACAACCCCUCGUACGGCUACUUCUCUAAGCAGGCAGUCAUCUUCAGUCCCGGCGAGCCCUUUGACUUCAAUGUCAUGCGCGACGAGCUCGAGUUCCAGUCAGAGCUAGGCCGUCGGUAUACCGAGUUCGAGGAUGCCCUCGACGACGCAGAGGGCAGCGAGAACCCGACCCGCCAGCUGUGGCACACGCCCACGGAGCUGUUCCGUCCCUUUUACGGCGAGGCCAUCGCCCGCUACCUCGUCUCCAACUACCGCCUUACCACCUAUCCCUACGACGAUCUGCUCAUCUACGAGAUGGGCGCCGGCCGCGGCACCCUCAUGCUCAACAUACUCGAUUACAUCCGCGAGGUCGACCCUCAGGUCUACGCCCGCACCCGCUACAACAUCAUCGAGAUCUCCCCAUCCCUUGCCGACCUGCAGAGCCGUCACCUGCUCUCCACCGCCGAGUCGCGCGGCCACCGCGAGCGCGUCGAUAUCAUCAACAAGAGCAUCUUCGAGUGGGACCGCUACGAGCCCUCCCCCUGCUUCUUCCUCGCCAUGGAGGUUUUUGACAACUUUGCCCACGACGGCAUUCGCUACGACAUGGCCACCGAGGAACCCCUUCAGGGCCACGUUCUCAUCGACGGAGACGGCGACUUCUACGAGUUUUACGUCCACGAGCUCGACCCUGUCGCCGCCCGCUUCUUCCGCGUCCGCCACGCCGCCACUGGCGGCCAGUAUCCCAAACCCUACCACUCCAAUCCCGUCCUGCGCUACCUCUCCACCAAGAUGCCCUUCGCCGCCAACCUCUCGGACCCCGAGUUCAUUCCCACCCGCCUCAUGCAGUUCUUCGACGUCCUCGAGAAGUUCUUCCCCGCCCACCGCCUCGUGACGUCCGACUUUGACGCCCUGCCCCAGGCCGUCAGGGGUCUCAACGCCCCCGUCGUGCAGACGCGGUACCAGCGACGCAUGGUGCCCGUCACGACGCCCCUGGUAAUUCUGGCCCCCUUGCCAUCUCCCCCUUUCGUGAAUGCUGACUGAUGGCGCCGGCGCGCACAUGCAGGUCCAUCAGGGGUACUUUGACAUCCUUUUCCCCACCGACUUCCGCAUCACCGAGGCCAUCUACCGCGCCAUCACGGGCAAGCUCACGCGCGUCAUGUCUCACGGCGACUUUAUGCGCCGCUGGGCCUACGUCGAGGACACGGAGACGCGCAGCGGCGAGAAUCCACUGCUGACGCACUACCGCAACGCCAGCGUCCUCGUGACUGUAUGAGUAUGCCGACUGUGGGGCUCGCCCGUUGUGGCUAUUGGAAGGAAAGUCUGCAUGAGUGGUGUGCGCAUCAUUGCUGCGGCGGUGGCUGUAACAUAUAUAGACGUGUACAUGUACAUAGAGAAAGGAACGGCAUGACAGGCGAAUAUACCCCCUUCUGGCUCGG